AUGGAGAAGGAGAUUUCCGAACUGCAUAAGCGGAAUGCCGAACUGGAAGCCUGCGCUUCGGACCUGCAGUCGGGUCUGGAGGAAGCCAGAGCUGCUCAAAGUGGAGCCACGGGUGGGCUACUGGGGAGGAGCAAAGCUUCGUGGGUGGAAAAGUUUAACGGCGAUCCUGAGGGCUAUUUGGACUUUAAGACUGAGAUGAGAUAUUUUAUGGAGUUGGAAUCAGCUCAGUUUGAUAAUGAUGCUCAGAAAGUUGCCCACAUAAUUAGUCACCUGUCGGGAGGGGGGCUAAGAGUUGGGUGAGGCCGUUAAUUGCCUCUAAUAAUGAAGCACUUCGAAGUCUGCCCAAGUUUUGGCAAGCGAUGGAUUUUAUCUACACAGAUCAAAGUUAUAUUGACAAGACGCAGGAGGAGCUUUUGGAUUUGAAGCAAGGAAAAUCUACAGUGCGUAGUUACUGGUCAGAAUUCGCAAUGCUUGUGCACAAACUGGGAUGGGAUUUGGAAUCAGAGCCUGUACAAGCUUUGUUUAAAGCUGGACUGAACGCUGAAGUUAAGAAUGAGUUUGCUAGGGCCCCCCGUGCCAAGGAUAUGGAUGAGUUAACGAAGGCUGCUCUUGCGGUGGGGCUGAGGCAGGAAGCCAGGCUGCGGGAAAGGAAGCAGGGCAAGGGCUGGAGUUUCCAUGGUAACCACAUUCCUGAAAUGCAGGCAGCUGCUUCCGAAGGUCAACAACAGCCGGAGCCCAUGGAAAUAGACUCAGCCAGCGCGCGGGAAAGUUCAAAAGCUCAAGGGCCGGGCGGCAAAGAGAAGAAGGACUGGCAAGCGGCCAAGAAAUGUUUUUUCUGUCAGAAAACUGGGCACUUUACCAGAGUGUGUCCGGAGCGUCAUAACUGGCAGGGAAUGGUUGGGGCCACCCAGCAGGCUGAGGCAGAGGAACCCCAGACUUCGGGAAACGGGGCAGCCUGGCUGGUGGUGAACCGGGGCAACAGCCAGGUGGGAGCAACAGUGAAAGUCCUCGGCUCGGACACCCCAAAGCAAGCAUAGUGUUGAAGGUGGUCCUAGAACUCCCGAAUGGCCACGCGGUGGAGGAGUUUGCCUUGGUUGAUUCUGGAGCUUCGGUGUCAUUUUUUAGCAAAGAGUUUGCAGCGCAGCACCAACUGAACCUGAGGCCUUUGGAUUUUCCGCUGCAAGUCACUACAAUUGAUGGGAGAGAACUGUUGGGAGGUGAAGUGACCCAUCAAACGCCUCCCAUGAGGAUGCGGGUGUCUACCCACUCCAAGGUCAUCGCCUUUCACGUGGCCAUGUUGGCGGGUCCGCCUAUCACACUGGGCAUGAACUGGUUGGCCUUGCAUGAUCUGGUGGUUUCCUGGCAUCAACGGUCCUUGACGUUCGGUUCGACGCACUGCAUGGAGAACUGCCUGGGCCUAGAGCAACCUCGCCAAAUGGAGGCCAGGAUGGCAGCAGCAUGCAAAGCAGGGACGACCGAAAUUCCUCCGUAUUAUCGGGACCUACAGGAGGUGUUCAGCGAGAAGGAGGCUGACACGUUGCCACCGCAUCGACCAUAUGAUUGCCAGAUCAACCUGAUCCCGGGGGCCACGCUGCCGGUGGGGAAGCUCUACUCCAUGUCGGAGGGAGAGAUCAAGGACCUGACGGACUUUAUUGAGAAAAAUCUAAAAAGGGGAUUCAUCAGGGAAUCCAAGGCGGCAGGGGGGAGCCCCAUGUUCUUCGUGGACAAGAAAUCGACUAACGAGCGGAGGUUGGUCGUGGAUUUUCGCGUUUUGAACAGCCUGACGGAACCUGUGUUCUUCCCAAUGCUGAGGAUCGACGAUGUUCUGGCCAGGGUGUGGAAGGGGAAAAUUUUCACCAAGCUGGACCUCCAGGGGGCGUACAACCUCAUCAGAGUGCGAGAGGGCGAUGAGUGGAAGACCACCAUGUUCACCCCGCUGGGGGCGUUUGAGUAUCUCGUCAUGCCCUUCGGUUUACAGUGCGGAAGGCCCUGUUUCCAAGCCUUCAUGCAUCGCGUGCUAGGGUCGUUGCUGUACCGGAACUGUGUUUGUUUCUUGGACGAGGUGCUAGUGUACUCAGACAACGAGAAACAGCACGUAAAGGAUGUACGUCAAGUCCUGAGCAAACUUAAGGAGCAUCAGCUGAGGGUGAAGCUGGAGAAGUGUCAGUUCCACGCGAAAGAAGUCGAGAUUCUGGGUUACAGGCUGUCGGACAAGGGUUUGGCCAUGGAUCCGGAGAAGGUGAAGGCGGUGGUGGAAUGGGAGAGCCCUAAGACCAGGAAGGAUGUUCAGCGUUUCCUGGGCUUCAGCAAUUUCUACAGGAAGUUCAUCAAGGGCCUCGUGAAACUGACGGCACCCAUAACGGACUGUCUUAGUGCUAAGAAGAAGUUUCGUUGGACGGAGGCGGCACAAGAGGGGUUUGAGAAGCUUAAGAGGGUCUUCGCAUCAGAGGAGCAACUGCUCCACGUCAACCCCGAUCGACCGCUGCGAGUUGAGACGGAUGCUUCUGAUCGGGCGAUAGGGGCGGUGUUGCUGCAACCAGAUGAAAAGGGGGAGUGGCGGCCAUGUGCUUUUUUUUUCGCGGAAGCUGAAUAAAUUGGAGCAAAACCACACUAUCUACGACAAGAAAUUGCUUGCGAUUGUGGCUGCAUUCAAACAAUGGUGCCAUUUCCUGAUUGGGGCGAGGCACCAAAUUUUGGUGUGCACGGACCACAAGAACUUGGAGUACUGGCGUACGGCGUGGGUGUUGUGCCAGAGACAGAUAAGAUGGGCGGAGUUCUUUGCCAACUUUAACUUCAAGAUCCAAUAUGUGCCAGGAGAACAGAAUGCGAGGGCGGAUGCAUUGUCACGGAAACCGGUGUAUCUGGCGGAAGAAGGGCCUCCGGUUGCUAGAUUGAUGUUCCCCGAGAACAAGUGGAUGUGUGGGGGAGCGUUGGUCAAGGACGACGAACUGAUGCAGCUGCUCAGAGACGAUGACUUUGUGAGGCAAAAGAUGGGGGAGUUGAGGGAAAAGGGGGGGUGCCGAGGGUGGCUUCAAAGUGAAAGGGGGGCUCCUGUACUAUCGGGGGGCCUUGUAUGUUCCGGGCGAAAACCUUAGGGCCAGAGUUCUCAAGCAACUCCACGACAGCUGCACGGCAGGGCAUUUUGGGCAACACAAGACCAUGCUACUGGUCACCCGGGAAUUUUGGUGGCCCAAAGUGAGGGAGGAUGUAAGGGAAUAUGUGCGAGGGUGUGACACAUGCCAGCGGGCCAAAGGGGAGAGGGCAGCACCAGCAGGUUUGCUGGAACCUUUGCCCACACCAGGAAAGCCAUGGGAGGUGGUGGCAGUGGAUUUUAUCACUGACCUGCCUAAGUCUAAGGGUAAGACCGCUAUCAUGGUGGUGGUGGAUCUUCUAACCAAGAUGUGCCAUUUCGUGGCCCGUUCGCAUGCCGUGACGGCGGAAGAAACAGCCAAGCUGUUUGUAGAGCAUGUGUUUAGGUUGCAUGGGGUACCUGCUCGGGUGGUUUCAGAUAGGGGGACUCAAUUCACCUUACGUUUUUGGCGCAAGCUCAUGGGUUUGUUGCAGGUGGAGGUGAGUUUCACGACGGCGAGGCACCCCGAGACCAAUGGGCAAGCGGAGAGAGCGAAUGCUGUUUUGCAACAGUAUUUGCGGUGUUACGUCAGUCAAAGGCAGAACGAUUGGGUAGACAAACUAGCCCUGGCAGAGUUUGCUUACAAUAACGUGGAGAACGUAUCCACAGAGAUGACUCCGUUUUUUGCCAAUCACGGGCGUCACCCCCGGGCCUUUCUGGGAAGGGGGGAGGAGUCGUGGAGUGUGCCUGCAGCAGAACAGUUUGUGGAGGAAAUGGAGGCGAUCCACCUGCAGCUUCAGUUGAACUUGGAAAGGGCUAAGGAGGUCUACAAGAGGGAGGCCGACGAGCACCGGCGGCCGGGGGAGGUCAUCCGGGUUGGGGACAAGGUAUGGUUGUCCAUGCAAGGGUUGCCUUGGAAGGGAGGCUGCAAGAAGCUCAAGCCCAGGAGGGUGGGGCCUUUUGAGGUAAUCCAGCAAGUCAACCCGGUGGCAUUUAAAUUAAGGUUGCCGGAGAGCAUGAGGAUCCAUCCGGUGUUUCACAGGUCACUGCUGUCCCCCUACAGGGAAGGGGGAAAGAGGCAGGGUAGUGGGGAGGGGGAACUCCCACCACCCGAAAUGGAGGAAAGGGAGCAGUGCAACAAUGUGACGGAAAUACUGGAUUCUCGCUGGGGUGGGGAACAGUUAGAGUAUCUGGUGGCGUGGGAAGGGGCCCCGAGUUCAGAGAAUACCUGGGUCCCAGAAAGCUGUAUCACUGACGAGGGCCUAGUGGAGGAGUUCCACAAUUUCUUCCCUGACAAGGUUUUUUCAACAGGUGUUCGGGACGACGGACGAUGAAGAGGAGUUCGAGGGAUUCCUACCAUCGGACGAGGAGGAAGAAGAAGAGGAAAGCGUCUAUUGGGGAACACGAGGAACUGCGGGUUUGAGGGAGGAUUGGAGGGAGGUUUUCGAAGAUACGGAUGAGGAGGAGGGGAGUUUUCUAGGUUUCACCCCCGCCACCCCGGAGAAGGGAGAAAUGGGGACGGUCGAGUCUCCCGAACGGGAGGGGGCCUUUGAGGAGGGGGUGGAUGUCAGGGAAUUGGAAGCUGCCAAAGAGCCGAGGGGGGAAUGUGUUCAGAAAGGACUCGUAACAGUGUCCUACAUGCCAGGUAAUGAAAUUCCUGCUGAUUUAUUGUCCAAGGUUGUUCCAAAGGAUCAACACUGUACCUAUGUACAGAAAUUGGGUUUGUACUGAGAUUGUACAUGACACACUGCCCAGUGGUGUUCACAGAAAGGGGAGGAUGUUAGUUUCUGUUUGCCACUGAGCAGUGCUUUGGAGUCACAAGACUCUGUUUACAUUCCUGGGAUUCCAUACUGUUGGAAGUCUCACGGGAGACAGGAGACGGAUGUGACGUUAGUGGUUUCCUGUUCCUUUGCUUUGCAGUUGCUCUCUGCUUUCAUAGAGAGAGGAUGUAUUUUUCUUUGCUGUCUGCGUAGUGAGACAUAAAACUCUUUAGCCAUGUAGCCAUAAAUCUCAUCACUUCCGUGUGCUGCUUUGAUUCUCUGCUGAAUGGGAAUGUGCCUGAGGCCUCAUCAAAGGCUCAGGUCGUUAAUUAUCGUCGGAGGACUCGGCUGGAGGAAAACGAGCUUUAUCAGCUUGGCCGAGCAGAGAUCCUGACAGUCCAUGGGUAGUCAAACUAAGGCCUGGGGGCCGGAUGCGGUCCAAUUGUCUUCUCAAUCCGGCCCAUGGAUGGUCCAGGAAUCAGUGUAUUUUUACAUGAGUAGAAUGUGUCCUUUUAUUUAAAAUGCAUCUCUCGGUUAUUUGUGGGGCCUCCCUAGUGUUUUUACAUGAGUAGAAUGUGUGCUUUUAUUUAAAAUGCAUCUCUGGGUUAAUUGUGGGGCAUAGGAAUUCAUUCAUCCCCCCCCCCCCAUAAUAUAGUCCGGCCCCCCACAAGGUCUGAGGGAAAAAUUUGAAAAAGUUUGCUGACCCCUGGUGUAGUCCAUGGUCUGACUCUGCUUUCUAUGCUCCCCGUGCCCACCCACCUCAGAAUCCAACCCUCAGUCCCGCAAAUCCUUUCCCUUUCCAUGCAACCAACACUUAUUCAGUGAGAGUGGGUGUGGAAGCAAGAAAAAGGAAAGGAGAAGAUGACCUUUGCAGUAGCCCUCGGGGAAAACCCCAGGUCAUUUUUUUUCAUGUGUGUUAUGCACACAUUAUGCUUCCAUUAGAAAUCAAGCAAAGGUCUUUUGCAUUUUAAUAUUUUGUUGUUCUUUAUUCCGAUUACUCACUGACCUCAGAAAGCAAGCUGGGUACAAGUUGUAUCACAGUGGUUUUUCACUUAUUUCACAUUCAGAAAAAAGCAAUGCUGAGGUUGUUUGUGAUGCCGAAGCCCAUCUCUUGUUAUUUCUGGGGACUAGCGCUGGCUGAGAUUGAUAUAGUGGAAAGAUGAGCCAGAAAGGGUUUUUAAAUGAAAUAAAUUCUACUAAAUACCACUAAUUGCUUCUUGGAAAUAAACCAUGAAAAUACCCUGCAAGUCCCUUCCACCUAUCCCUCUUUCCUUGCUCUAGAAACAAAGUGAUUCAAGUUACACACAAGUUACCACCAUAUGCAAUAAUAUCAAAGAGAAACCAGAACUGAGAAGAAGGGGGGGGGGAGAGAGAGGAGGGAGAGAGAGAACAAACAUCUGGCUAAAAUGAAGAGAAACACAAUUUCAUUUCAUCUUCAUCAAAAUAUUCAAGGAGCGGGGAAUGAAAUACUACAAUGCAUCAAUCAUGGCCCUUUAUAUUUAUAAACCAACUGUUUCUUGGCUGGCAAACAGCAAUGCUCACCUGGGCUGUCAUGAAUCUCAAGUGGAAUGCCUAAAAAUAUUUCACUUGGCUACUAUGAAAGUUUUGCAGAGCCAGGCUGUCUGAAAAUCAUACAGCACCUUUAUUGUUGUUGUUUAGUCGUUUGGUCAUGUCUGACUCUUUGUGACCCCAUGGACCAGAGCACGCCAGGCACUCCUGUCUUCCACUGCCUCCCGCAGUUUGGUCAAAUUCAUGCUGGUAGCUUCGAGAACACUGUCCAACCAUCUCGUCCUCUGUUGUCCCCUUCUCCUUGUGCCCUCCAUCUUUCCCAGCAUCAGGGUCUUUCCCAGGGAGUCUUCUCUUCUCAUGAGGUGGCCAUAGUAUUGGAGCCUCAGCUUCAGGAUCUGUUCUUCCAGUGAGCACUCAGGGCUGAUUUCCUUCAGAAUGGAUAGGUUUGAUCUUCUUGCAGUCCAUGGGACUCUCAAGAGUCUCCUCCAGCACCAUAAUUCAAAAGCAUAAAUUCUUCGGCGAUCAGCCUUAUUUAUGGUCCAGCUCUCACUUCCAUACAUCACUACUGGGAAAACCAUAGCUUUAACUAUAUGGACCUUCCGGUGGAGCGCGAAUCUGCCGCAAGUGGGGAUUUUACUGUGAGGAGAAUCCUGUGCUAUUUUGGAUAAAAAGGGGCACUACAGGGCGCAGUAGCCCCCAAUUUUAAUCUCUGGGGGGAUAUCCAGAGUAACAGGUUCCCAGCGAAGCCAGGAGCAGCCCGCCCGGCCAUCAGGUAACCCCAAAAAGGGGCGAAGAGAACGGCCGAGUGGGGCAGCGGGCUAAGGGAAGCCAUUUUCUAUAGCGAAGCCCCGAGCUUGCAAGAGGAGCGUCUCAUUCUCAAACAGAAGAAAUUCGGACCAAAUUGGAUUACAAAUUUGAUGGCAAUAAAUUAAGGAAGGAUUCGAAGUACAAAGCAAAAAGCGCGGAGUUCAGCUGUCAUCUGGAAUCAGUUCAGACGCAACGCAGCACGCAGAGCUGGAAAAGGAAAGUGAGUUGCCGCUAGCAGUUAUUGUUUCUUUUCUCUCCAUGAACUCUUUUAAAAAGUAGCUUUUUAAGAAGUUACAAGUAUUAAGGGACUAUUAAAGCUAAAAGGGAGAGCAGAAAGUUACGAUUUUGGAUAAUUUGAGGUCUUUGAUGUAACGAAGGGGAAAAUCAGAGGAUUGAAGUGCUUAGCUACUUUCACUUUUAAAAGAACAAAGAGCUGCGGAACGGAAAGGGAGCUUCUGACUCCAUUGUUAAGACUUUGUUGGAACUGCGGUACUGUGGAAAUAGUGGACAAACGUCUUUUAGAUUUUUUUGUGUGUCUUUACUGCUAAAAAAGAAUUUAGUUGCCUCUGUCACUUAAGCAUAUUAUCAUUUGUAAUUGGGAAGGCUCUUUUUCUUUUUUUUAUGAAUUGGGAAUCUUUAAACUUGCAAAUUACGUAUACUAUAGUGGGGGUUUUUUUACCCUAGUGGAAGGAAUGAGAUAUUACAACUUGUUUUUCGCGAUUUUUGGCGAGAGAUAUAACAUUUGAAAGUGACUUGUGCCUCUUUAGUACUGGAAAGUGACCUGUGCUUAUUUUUUCAUCGGUUUUUUUUUUUUUUUUUUGUGAACUUCACCUCUGGAACCUGGUUAUUUGGAUAUAAUUUUGGAAAGUGCUGAUAACUGGAUAUAACUUUGGAAAAGGGUUUUUUUCUUUUUUUGGAACUCUUUUUUCCUUGGAGUUUAUGUUGAUAUUUUUAUUUUCUUCUUAUAUCUAUAACACUUGGUUUGGUGGUGGACGGCGGGAUUAAUUUGAUCUUAAGUUACUCUUCCCUUCAAGAGGUAAUCUUGGAUUAAUUUGGUGAGAAGUUUUUCCCUUUUGGUGGCUCACAUUGGAACAUAUUUGGAACACAAAAUUUAAGGAUGCUUUUUUCCAGAAAACCAACUUAUUUGGAGAUAGCCUAAUUGGUGGCAAGAAGAUUUAUACUGCUUUGCUCCGGUUUUUGUUUUGACCAACUUAUUUGGUGGAAUAGCCUAAUUGGUGGCAAGAAGAUUUAUUUUGCUUUGUUCAGGCUUCUGUUUUGAUCAUUCACCCCUCACCAAAUUGACAAAAUAUAAAAAUUUGAAGAUGACACAUCAGCAGAAGAAAGGGGCGGAUGGGGGGACAUCAGCAGAGAGGAAAGGGUCUAAACAAGAGGCAGAUUUCAAAGCAGAAAUUUUGAAGAUGUUUUCUGAAAUUAAGCAAAGUGAAAAGAACUUAGAAUCUAAGUUAGAAUCAGUUGACAAUAAGAUUGGGAAAAUGGAUUAAAAAAUUGAUGAGACAGUUAAUGAACUUAAAGGGCAAAUAAAAGAGGUAUCCAAGAGAACACAAUCAGUAGAGGAAGGGCUGAAGAGGAUGAAACAAGAAAUGAAAGAAGUGAGGCGAGAGGAAGAGAAGAUUAAAGUGGAGAUGUUGGAAUUAAAUAAAUCACAAGAAGAAAUUAAAGAUGUGAUUGCUAUGAAUGAACUGAGACAGAGGGAAGUGAACCUGAGGCUGAGAGCCGUCCCGGAGAUACAGAAUGAAAAUAUUAAAGAGAGACUGAUAUCAGAAUUGGCUAAAUGGAUGGAAUUACCAGUAGAGGAGGUAGCAAAAACAGUACAAAAUGCAUUCAGAAUGAGAGUAAGAACAACCAAGGCAAGAAAAUUUCCAGGAGACUGUUUAAUUACUUUUAAGGACAGGGAAAUGAGAAAUUUGAUAUUACAGAAGAAUAGAGAGAAAAGAUUAUACAUAGAAGGAAAUUACAUAAUCAUUUUUAAAGACAUACCAAUAAGAUUGUUGAAAUGAAGAGACCCAUAUAAGCCAUUGGUGCAGAUUUUAAAGAAAAACAACAUUGAUUUCAAAUGGGAAUUUCCAGAGGGAAUUUCAUUUUUCUACAAAAGUAAAAAGCACAGGUUGAUGAGUCCAGAAGAAACAGGGAAGUUUCUGAGAAGGUAUAAGGAUUUAAAAGCAGAAGAUGGAGAAGAGGGAGAAAUCAAAGGAGCAGAAAAAGGAGCAGGAGCCAAGGAAGAAUCAGAAUCGAGGGAAGAAGAAGAAGAGAAUGGAAAAAAGGCAGAAGAUGAAGAAGAAGAGGAAGGAGAAGAGACAGAUAGAUUAUAAAAAAGUAAAAAAUAAAAUAAAAUUAUUUAAUUGGAAAUUAUCAUGGCAUUAAAAUUAUGGAAUUGGAAUAUUAAUGGGAUGAAUGAGAAAAAAACGGAAUAAAAUUGAACAAUUUUUUAAAAAGAAAAAUCUGGACAUUAUAUGUUUACAAGAGACACACGUCGCAAGGAAACAUAGGAAAAUCUUGAUCAACAGAAGACUAGGAAAUGAAUUUGUAUCUUCAGACAAAGAGAAAAAAAGAGGGGUUGGGAGACUUCCGGAGGCGGCGCCAACAAGCAAUGGCGAUCUCCCCCUAACUUCGGAGGAGAGGCUCCGCGAAAAUCGGGUCGAUCCGCUACGGCGCAGCGGAGACCCUUUUGAAACCCGCAGGCGGAGGAAGCCUGCGGUCGUGGGACUCGGCGGGUGCCUGGAGCGCGCCCCUAAGCGGCAAAGGAACCCCGCGAGGGCUCCGAGCAGGACGGGGUAGCGCGGCACUGUGAGUCGUCUGCUACUUUCGCGGAGUGAAGCCGUGCGGCUGUUGCUGGAGAGCGCUGACCUUUCUUCCUUGACAAUUCGGCUGUCAAAACUACAACCCGUGAGUAGGUUUGACGUUACAGAAGGACCAACUAAAAUUCUUGAAUAAAUUUGGCUGAAGCGGGAAGGUGUAAAAAGGAAGUUUGUAUAAAGGAUUAAAGCAAAGACUGUGUGAGUUCGAUACCAAAGACUGUCAAAAGAGACUGAAACACAGACGUCAAAUUUAAAAAUUUUCCCUCCCAUAAUUGGAGAAGGGGGGGAAGAAGAGACAGUAUUUCUUGUUAAUUUUGUGUAAAAUAAAGAGUAAUAAGGAAACGAAGACCACCUCUCAAUCCCUGGGGACAGACUGCCAGGUUUGGAAAGAUUGGAUAUUUUGUUAGCACUCUAAAUGGACAAUGUAUCUUCUUGCCUAUUAACUUUACAAAAUUGAAACUUUGGGGAAAAAAGUUGCCUCUUUGGCUGAAGGGGUUCUUAAAAAGUUUUUAAGAGUUUUUAUUCUUGAUACUUUAUUACUUGUGUCCCCCUGGAGGCCAAAGGGGAAAAAGUCUUUAAUUGAUUGAGGAAUUUUCCACUCAACAGCAGCCUGGGAAGCUUAACAGCAAAACAACUUCAACUGUGAGAGUGACCUUGAUUUCUAGAUAAAGUGCCAUGGAUGAAAGAACCUUGAGGUCCGGGAAAGGCAGGCAACAGAGCAACAUUGCUCAACAGCAACAGCGCAGGCCAUCCAUCGCUGGGCCACAAGGAGAUGAUCCAAUGCAAACAAAGGGGGAAGAAGGAUUUGCCAGUUUAUUUAAAAUUGUGAAUGAAGGUUUUGAAAAAUUGGGGCAACAGAAUGCCGAGGCACUAGAAGCUAUUAGACAAAAUUCUGCAAGUAUUGAUAAGCUGACUCGACAGACUAAUGAAAAUACAGAUGUGAUCAAAAAAUUACUGGAACAAUCUGCUGAAACCCAAAAAACAGCUUUGGAAGCUAGAGAAAAGGCGGUAGCUGCUGAAGGAAAAUUACCACCUUUAAUUAAACAAGUUGAAGAGCACCACAUAAGAUUGGGAACGCACCAGGAAUUGCUAUCUGUCCUUGAGCUAAAGGAGAAACAGACCAACUUAAGGAUCAGAGCAGUACCUGAGCUUGAGAAAGAGAGCCUGGUAGACUUUUUGACACAAGAAUUUGCCAAUUUUUGGCAAUUGAACGAUAAGGAAGAUUUCAAGAUAACGUCUGCUUUCAGGCUUGGAAGAGGAGCAAGAAAGAACAGAGUGAGAGACUGCCUGAUUACCUUGCGAUCUAAGGAGGAACGAGAUAAAAUUUUGAGUUCACACUACCAAAAUACAUUGAUAAUACAAGACUCAAGGAUAGAAAUAUUUAAAGACAUUCCAAAGUUCCUUUUGGAGCUUAGGUCCAACUACCGGGACCUGGUGACGCUGCUGAGAGGAAACAGAAUUUUUUUCAGGUGGGAAUUUCCUCAAGGCCUAUCUUUCAGUUUUAAAGGCAAGAAAAUUAAAAUAAAAUCUGUGGAGGAGAAACAGAACUUUUUGAGAGACCAUCAAGAGGACCUACAAAAAGGAUUGGGGGAGGAGCCAGAAGCCCCUUUACCAGGAUUGGACCCUACAUUACCACCUUCGGGCGAGGAUAAGACAGAGAAGGUGAAACCACCAACAGAGGAAGAAGAGUUAUUGGGAGCAGUUGGAGGAAAAUAAAGAAAUCAUCAUGGCUCUGCAACUUUUAACUUGGAAUGUUUGUGGCCUAAAUUCUCCGGAAAAAAGGAGGAAAGUAUUUCAUAUACUUAAAAAGAACAAUUGGAUUUAAUUUGCUUACAGGAAACUCAUGUGACGAGGCUCCACAGGAAGAUAUUGAUUAAUAAGAGAUUGGGCCAAGAAUUUAUUUCAUCAGAUAAAGUUAAAAAACGAGGAGUGGUCAUUUACGCAAAGGAGAGCCUCUCACCAAAAUUCGUCUUUAAGGAUGAACAAGGAAGAUUCAUAGCAAUUGAAAUCCAAGUACAAGGAGAAAAAUUUUUGAUAGUAGGCUUAUAUGCACCAAAUGUGGAAAUCUAUAUUCUACAAAAAGUUGCAUGAGAUCUUGAUGGACUAUAUGGAUUACAACACUGUUUUUAUGGGAGAUAUGAAUGGGGUGGUUUCCACAAAUAUGGACAAGUCACAAAGAGAGGUAGUCACUAAAGAUGGCAGACUACCGAAAACAUUCUUUGAAUUAACUGACAAUAUGGAUCUAAUUGAUAUUUGGAGAACUAGGAAUCCCUUGGUAGAGAAGGAACCUUUUUUUCUGAAGCCCAAAAGACAUGGACAAGAAUUGACCAAAUCUGGACUACUAGAGGACUGGCACCUAAGGUUAGGAAGGUAGAGAUCUGCCCAAAAACAUGCUCCGACCAUAACGCCGUGAGAAUGGAGAAGGGUAUAACGGUCGGAGCGAAACAAUACAAAUUGAAAGCAUUUGCGGAUGACCUUGUAUUGACAUUACAGGAGCCAGAAUCUAGUACGAAAAGAGCACUAGAACUGAUUCAAGAGUUUGGUCAGGUGGCAGGUUUUAAGCUGAAUAAGUUUAAAACUAAAGUACUUGAGAAGAAUUUAACACCGAUUGAAAAGAGAGGUUUCAGAAUGAGACAGGUUUAACAGUGGUAAAAAAGUGAAAUACUUGGGGAUUCAUAUGACAGCUAAAAAUGGGAAUUUAUUUAAAGACAAUUAUGAAAAGUGUUGGUCGGACAUUAAAAAGGAUUUAGAAAUAUGGACAAAUUUGAAGCUUUCCUUGUUAGGUCGAAUUGCUGUCAUCAAGAUGAAUGUAUUGCCAAGAAUGCUGUUUUUGUUUCAAUCGAUACAAAUAAUAGAUAAAAUGGAUUGUUUUAAGAAGUGGCAGAGAGAUAUCUCUAAGUUUGUCUGGCAGGGCAAGAGGCCCAGGAUAAAACUUAAAAUAUUGACUGAUGCUAAUGAAAGAGGGGAUUUGCCCUGCCAGACUUUAAACUUUAUUAUGAAUCAGCAGCUUUCUGCUGGUUGAAGGAUUAGUUACUUCUGGAAAAUACUGAUGUUUUGGACUUAGAAGGUUUCAAUAAUGUGUUUGGGUGGCAUGCAUAUUUGUGGUAUGACAAGGUUAAAGCUCACAAAAUAUUUAAAAACCAUAUUGUCAGGAAAGCAUUGUUCAAUGUCUGGAUAAGAUAUAAAGACUUAUUGGAGAAUAAAACCCCAAGGUGGCUAUCACCAAUGGAGGCAAAGGCCCUGAAAAAGUCCAAUAUGGAGGCCAAGUGGCCAAAAUAUUGGGAGAUCUUGGAACAAGAAGGAGAUAAAUUCAAAUUGCAGAGCUUUGAAAAACUAAAAGAUAGAGUGCGAGACUGGUUGCAUUAUUACCAAAUAAGAGAGGUCUAUAAUUUGGAUAGAAAAAUUGGCUUCCAGGUGGAAAAAUCAAAGUUGGAAACAGAACUGCUAGAUCCCAAAACUAAAACACUUUCAAGAAUGUAUAACUUGCUGCUAAAAUGGAAUACUCAGGAUGAAACGGUAAAAUCUGCUAUGAUUAAAUGGGCACAGGAUGUUGGACACAACAUUAUGUUUGCUGACUGGGAAUGGUUAUGGACCACAGGUACGAAGUUUACAGCAUGUAAUGCUUUAAAAGAGAAUAUAAUGAAAAUGGUGUACAGGUGGUACAUGACCCCAGUCAAGCUUGCAAAAAUCUACCAUUUGCCCGAUAAUAAAUGUUGGAAAUGUAAUGAAACUGAAGGUACAUUCUUUCACCUUUGGUGGACGUGCCCAAAGAUUAAGGCCUUCUGGGAAAGGAUAUAUAAUGAGUUGAAAAAGGUAUUUAAGUAUACCUUCUUAAAGAAACCAGAGGCCUUUCUCCUGGGCAUUGUUGGCCAAUUGGUGCCAAAGAAAGAUAGAACUUUCUUUAUGUAUGCAACAGCAGCAGCAAGGAUACUUAUCGCAAAGUAUUGGAAGACACAAGACUUACCCACUCUGGAAGAAUGGCAGAUGAAGGUAAUCGAUUAUAUGGAAUUGGCGGAAAUGACUGGCAGAAUCCGUGACCAGGGAGAAGAGUCGGUGGAAGAAGAUUGGAAGAAAUUUAAAGACUAUCUACAGAAAUACUAUAAAAUUAAUGAAUGUUAAAUUGAGGUCUGAUUGAAAAUAGCUGGUAUUGGCAAAAGUCUUGCGUUUAAGAGUAUGGAAUAUUUGAUUGAUAAGGUUGCAAAAAUAUCUAUUUAUAAAUAGAUUAAGUUUCUUGAGUUAAGAUAAAGGAAGGAGGGUAAGGAUUUGCUGAAAGGAGUCUCUAAAUGGAAAUACAAGUGGGGAGGUGCGGGGAAGUCAAAGAACUAAGGAAAGAUAAGAAGGUUAAAGGAAAGUAUAAAUUUUUAAAUUUUUCUGUUUCUUUUCUCUUUUUCUUUUCUUUUUUAUGGUUAUUGUUAUUUUUUGUUUUCCUUUUGUCACUGUUAUUGUUGUUUUUUGUCUUUGGAAUUUUUGUAUUUUUGUAUGUUUUGGAAUUUUUGUAAAACCAAUAAAUAUUAUAUUAAAAAAAAAAAGAAAAAAAGAGGGGUUGUUCUAUACAUUAAAAGCAAAAUUGAAUCACAACAAAUCUUCAGAGAUGAAGAAGGAAGGAUUAUAGCAGUCCGGAUCAAAUGGCAAGGGGAAAGUUUGAUAAUUGUCGGGAUCUAUGCAGAAAAAGCACAAAAGAAAUUAUUUUGUGGAUAACAGUAACAAAGGUACAAAGAUGAGCGUAGUUUGGGACGCAAGCAAGGCAGUGAUGAGAGGUUUUUUUAUUCAGCAGAAUUCAUUGAAGAAUAAGAACAGAGAAAAAGGGAAAAAAGAAAUUUUAAAGCAGAUAAUGGACAAUGAACAAAAAUUGAUCUAAAAACCAAAUAACUCAAAAAUAAAACAAGAAAUUAAGACUUUGCAAAUGCAAUUUGCAAUGAUAAUAAAUAAAGAAGUAGAAUUGAACAUUAAAAAGAUAAGACAAAAACUUUGAAUUCGCGAACAAAUCAGGUAAAUGGCUUGCGUGGCAAAUCAAAAAAAGAAAGGAGCAGAAUACAAUUAAUAAAAUUACUGUGAAUGGUGAAGAGAUUGACAAUCCGAAAGGAAUCAGAAAAGGAUUCCUGGACUUUUAUAGACAAUUAUACAAAAACAGAGAAAGGAAUAAUAUGAGGAAAAUAGAGCGAUUCUUGAAAGAAAAAAAGGUGCAGAAGAUCCCAGCAGGAAAAAAAAGCCAACUGAAUGCCCCAAUAAGUAGUGAGGAGAUAAAAGAGGUAAUAAAGGAAUUGAAGAGGGGGAAGGCCCCAGGACCUGAUGGAUUUACAUCAGGCUACUAUAAAGAACUGAGAGAUGUUCUGAUGAUACCACUGAAAGAAGUCAUGAAUAAUAUUUUAAAAGAAAGAGACAUUCCGGAAACGUGGAAAGAAGCAUUCAUUACAUUUAUCCCCAAACAGGACUCGGAUUUAACACAAGUUAAAAAUUAUAGGCCUAUUUCAUUGUUGAAUACAGAUUAUAAAAUAUUUGCAGGGAUUUUAGCGAAUAGAAUGAAAAAGAUAUCACAAGAAAUUAUUCAUAAAGAUCAAGCGGGUUUCCUUCCAGGCAGACAGAUGAAAGAUAACAUAAGAAAUAUAAUUAACUUUUUGGAAUACCUGACUGCCAGGAAUGAAAAACAAGCUAUAUUAAUGUUUGUGGAUGCAGAAAAGGCCUUUGAUAAUAUUGCAUGGGAUUUUAUGUUGAAGAAUUUGGAGUAUAUGGAUGUGGGGAAAGAGUUCUUUAAUGGGAUAAAAGAAAUUUAUACAGAGCAGAAAGCUAAGUUGAUUGUUAACAAUGUGACUACGGAGGAUAUAAAAAUAACAAAAGGAACUAGACAGGGAUGUCCACUUUCACCAUUGUUAUUUAUAACGGUCCUGGAGGUUUUUCUAAGGGCGAUCAGACAAAAUGAUUUAAUAAAAGGGGUGACAGUUGGCCAGAAUGAAUAUAAAGUGAAAGCCUUUGCGGAUGAUCUGGUAAUAACGAUUGAAGAACCAAUAGAAAGUGUAAAAGAAGUAUUGAAGGAGAUCGAGCAAUUUGGAAAUGUGGCAGGGUUCAGAUUAAACAAGAAGCAAACUAAAAUAAUUGCAAAAAAUAUGGAUCAAAGUAUGAUAGAAAUAAUGCAACAAAGAACAGAGAUAGAGGUGGUGAAAAAGGUAAAAUAUUUAGGAAUUUGGCUAACUCCUAAAAACAUUGAUUUGUUUCAGAACAAUUAUACACUGGUCUGGAAUGGAAUAAGGAAAGAUCUGAAGGUGUGGGGUAGAAUGAAACUAUCUUUUUGGGGUAGAAUUUCUUCGAUGAGCGUCCUUCCUAAGAUGUUAUUUUUGUUUCAGACUAUCCCCAUAAUAAAGGGGGUAGCAAUCUUUACAGAGUGGCAAAGAAUGAUUUCAAGGUAUAUCUGGCAGGGCAAAAAGCCGAGAAUUAAAUUUAAGUUAUUAACGGAUGUCAAGGAAAGAGGAGGCUUCGCCCUGCCAGAUCUGAAACUAUACUACAAAGCAGCCGGUCUCUGUUGGUUGAAAGAAUGGAUAAAAUUAGAAAACAAGGAGUUAUUAGAUUUGGAAGGUUUUGAUAACAGAUUUGGAUGGCACGCGUAUCUAUGGUGUGAGAAGAAGAAAAUUCACAAAGGGUUUGGGAACCACAUAUUCCGGAGUUCAUUAAUAGAAAUAUGGGAUAGGUAUAAAAACCUACUAGAACCAAGAGUUCCACACUGGUUGUAUCCGUUAGAGGUUAUGAGUGUGAAGAAAAUAAAUAUGAGAGGUAAAUGGAUCACAUAUGGUGAAUUGAUAAUUAAAGAAGGAGGAAAAUGGAAAUUAAAACCAUAUGAACAAGUUAGAGAACAUGUUUAUGAUUGGUUGCAUUAUUUUCAGGUUAAUGAAAUGUUUAAAAAAGAUAUUAAAGAAAGUGGUUAUGCAGAAAAAGACUCAAAGUUUCAAACAGAUAUAAUAAACAAUGAUUGUAAAACUCUGUCAAAAAUAUAUAAGAUAUUGUUGGAAUGGCACAUGAAAGAUGAGGAAGUUAAAUCGGUAAUGAUACAAUGGGCCAGAGAUUUUGGUUAUAAUAUACAAUUUGAUGAUUGGGAAAAAUUAUGGAAGGAAAAUCUAAGAUUUACUGCUUGUAUGGCGUUAAAGGAAAAUGUUAUGAAAAUGUUUUAUAGAUGGUACAUCACACCGGUAAAAUUAGCAAAAAUGUAUAAGACAUGUAAUAAGUGUUGGAAAUGUAAAGAAAAAGAAGGAACGUUUUAUCACAUGUGGUGGGACUGUAAGAAAGUGAAGGGUUUCUGGGAGAUGAUGUAUAAUGAAAUGAAAAAGAUGUUAAAAUAUACAUUUGUAAAGAAACCAGAGGCCUUUCUUUUAGGGAUUACAAGAAAGGAAAUAAGAAGAAAGGACUGCAAACUCUUCCAAUACGCAGUUACAGCAGCAAGAAUUCUACUGGCCCAGAAAUGGAAACAAGAGGAAAUACCGACGAUAGAAGAAUGGAGAAUGAAACUAACAGAUUAUGCAGAACUGGAUAAACUAACAGGGAAAAUCAGAUAUCUUCGAGACCAAAAGUUCAUCGAGGACUGGGGAAAAUUUGUUGAAUAUCUGAAAAGUACAUGUGAUGUGCAAACAACGCUAGUGGGUUUUAAAGAAGCACUGUGAAAGUUGAGAUAUAUUGUUAAAAAGAAAUAGAUGGUGGGAGGGAAGACUAAUGGCAAUAAAAAACAGAAGAAAUGCGUAAUUGAGAGGUAAAUACGGAUGAUUGUCAGAGAAGCUGAAGGAAGUCCAAACAGAGUUAAAUUUGUGAAAAUUUGUAUAAGAUUGUAUAUUUGUGUUGAAAAAUAAUAAAAUAUAUAUUUUUUUUAAAAACCUAUAUGGAUCUUUGUUGGCAAGGUGAUGUCUCUGCUUUUUAAGAUGCUGUCUAGGUUUGUCAUUGCUUUUCUCCCAAGAAGCAGGUGUCUUUUAAUUUCGUGACUGCUGUCACCAUCUGCAGUGAUCAUGGAGCCCAAGAAAGUAAAAUCUCUCACUGCCUCCAUUUCUUCCCCUUCUAUUUGCCAGGAGGUGAUGGGACCAGUGGCCAUGAUCUUCGUUUUUUUGAUGUUCAGCUUCAGACCAUAUUUUGCGCUCUCCUCUUUCACCCUCAUUAAAGGGUUCUUUAAUUCCUCCUCACUUUGUGCCAUCAAGGUUGUGUCAUCUGCAUAUCUGAGGUUGUUGAUAUUUCUUCCGGCAAUCUUAAUUCCGGCUUGGGAUUCAUCCAGCCCAGCCUUUCGCAUGAUGAACUCUGCAUAUAAGUUAAAUAAGCAGGGAGACAAUAUACAGCCUUGUCGUACUCCUUUCCCAAUUUUGAACCAAUCAGUUGUUCCAUAUCCAGUUCUAACUGUAGCUUCUUGUCCCAUGUAGAGAUUUCUCAGGAGACAGAUGAGGUGAUCAGGCACUCCCAUUUCUUUAAGAACUUGCCAUAGUUUGCUGUGGUAAACAGAGUCAAAGGCUUUUGCAUAGUCAAUGAAGCAGAAGUAGAUGUCUUUCUGGAACUCUAGCUUUCUCCACAAUCCAGCGCAUGUUUGCAAUUUGGUCUCUGGUUCCUCUGCCCCUUCGAAAUCCAGCUUGCACUUCUGGGAGUUCUCGGUCCACAUACUGCUUAUGUCUGCCUUGUAGAAUUUUAAGCAUAACCUUGCUAGCGUGUGAAAUGAGUGCAGCACCUUUGUAGUUGAGAUCUAAAGUAGCAUGAGAAAUGUAAAGUGUUCUUGAAGUAGUAGCUAGAUUAACAUACAGUGGUACCUCGGGUUAAGAACUUAAUUAGUUUUGGAUGUCUGUUCUUAACUGACACUGUUCUUAACCUGAAGCACCACUUUAGCUAAUGGGGUCUCCUGCUGCCACUGCACUUCUGCUGCACGAUUUCUGUUCUCAUCCUGAAGCAAAGUUCUUAACCAGAGGUAAUAUUUCUGGGUUAGCGGAGUCUGUAACCUGAAGUGUAUGUAACCUGAAGCGUAUGUAACCAGAGGUACCACUGUACUGGGAAAAUGCUAGUCCAAAACUACAGCAUCACAGAGCAUUUUCAGAACGUAUUUGUUGCAUAAGUUCCUUUUUUUCACAUACCUCUAACAUACAUCUAAUUCCUGACAGGUGAGAGGGUGAGGAAUAAAAACUUUUUAGCUAAAUCAGACCUGUGUACCAACAAAAAUAUCUUGCUGGGACACCAAUUCAGCACUUCAUGUAACAGCUUGAUUUGGCUAAACUGGUUCAGCUCAGACAUCAGUGUCCACUCUCAUUCACUGUUGGGAAAUAACAAUAAACAAACAUUAAAAACUAUUGGCACACUCUAAGAAAGUGGCAGCCUCCUUCAAUAAAACUGAUUGUUGGAUUUUCACCCAUGGUCCUCUAGACCAGUGGUUUUCAACCAGUGUGCCGUGGCACCCUGGAGGGACUUGAAUGAUAAUCAGGGGUGCUGCGGGCCGCAAUGGCCACUGUCCCUCUUUCCUUCCCUCCCUUCUUCUGAUGCCCUCUCGCUUCUCUGCCUCCCAAAGGUUGCACAGCUCUUUGUUGCAGCAGCCCUGGCUAGAAGUUCCCCAGGCGAAUGGUGCCUCUGGGGCUGGCCAGGGGGUGCUUCCCAGGCCCCUGUGGGGCAGUGGAACGAGACACCUCUCUUUGAGGCAGGGAGGGCAGCUCAGAGACCAGGGGCAGCAGCAGCUGCUGACCAAAAGACUUUCAAGGAGAGGGGAGAGGAGAGGAAGCUAAGGGAACACUCCACAAGGGAGGGUGUUUGAAAAAGGGUGAGAGGCUGCCAGGUCUGCAGACAAGGGGUGACCUAACUGGGCUCCUGAGCCCCACAGGGGUGCCGCAGAAAGAAAGUAGUUGGUCAAGGGAGCCGUGGACCCCAAAAGGUUGAAAACCUCUGCUCUAGACACCGAGUCAGGAUUACCUAUCAUCACAGUCCCUGCUGAGUUUGAGCAGUGGUGCAAACCACCCCUGAUGGUUUCCACUAACACUACUGUCCAAAAAUUGGGAUGGAACAUUAAGUCUUUUUUCUUUUUCUUUGCUUCUUCACUGACACCAUGGGUAAUGCUGGUAAAACCCACUUGGAGGUUCCCAUUUUGUACAGAGGUAAACCAGAUGUUCACAACACAACACUUAGGAAAGGGAGAAAUGAAAGAUGCCAUUACAUUAGUCUGCAAUGAUACCCAUUCCUUUAUUGACCCCAAUCUCUGUUAUGUUUUCACUCCUAAGAGAACUACAGAACCAGAGACUAUGUGGGAAUGUUGCCACAAUGACAUAUUGGCUUCAUUGCAGCUGACACUAGUACCACUGACUGACCAAGUGGAAGCCCCUUGUAGGUGUUGGAUAUUCCGUACGACCAAGCUGUGAUGGCUACUCCUCUGGCCAUAUCUUCGGAACCCAUCCAGGCUCUCCUCCGAUGGUGAUUAACGACCUAAGCCUUUGAAUGAGACUUCAGGCACUCUCUCCAUUGUGUAGAGUACUCAGAUAGCAGCAGAAGGAGCCAGAAAUAUGUGCUACAUUGCUACUUUAUUUCUAACUACGUAAGACAGAAAAGAAUAUGCAUCUGCUCUCUGUGAGAGACAGAAAACAACUGAACAAAGAAACAGGAAACCAGUAACAUCAACAUCCGUCUCCCGUAAGACUUCCAACAGACCGGAAUGUCAGUAGAGCCUUGUGACUCCAAGAACUGCACAGUGGCAUAACAGAAACCUAACAUCAGGGCCCAAGGGUUUGAAAAAGGAGAUAGAGUUUCUAUCCGAGUAUAUUUCAGAGAGCAUUUUCACAUAGAUGCAGUGCAGAAGGUAUCUUUAAGCCAGGUCUGCAUCAUGACACUUCCAAGCCCAAUUGUACCUACUUGGCCAAGACUUUAAAUGCUAAAUCAGGACUAUCCCACUUUGGUCCCCCUACUUUCACCCAUAUGGAUGUGAAACUGGCAAGAAGAGUUCAGGAAAAGAGAAUACCCACCCAUGACCCCUAAAGAGGGGUGUACAGUGUUUUUCCUAAGGCUGUUCACUGGCUUAUGCAAGCCCAGCUGGAAGAACUAUCACUAAGUUGCCAGGAAACAGGGAAGACUGUCUUAAGGGAGGCAUUUCCCUUCUAUUGGGCAGGAGUAAAUCAUAUGGACAGUCUCAAGUUAUCUUGAAGUUUGGAGGUAUUGGCAAAAAAUUAAGCCAGGUUGUUAAUUAACAGCCCUUGCAGAAGAGCUGGGACAGCUUUGGAAACUUCCCUUGCAAAACCGCAUAGCUGCUGAUUAUAUGUUUGCAACAAAAGAAGGGCUAUGUGCUUUAAUAGGCUCUACUUGUUAAUGACACCACCAGAGAAAUAGAACAGAAUGUAGAAAAUAUUGAAAAGGCAGGUCCAGGCUAAGGGCUUCACAUGAGAUCCCUGGGGCUGGCUUACAGGACCUCUAAGGACUUUAGGGGACACUAUCUUCCACUAUGCAAGGGAUGAGGGUGGUGCUGUGGUCUAAACCACUGAGCCUCUUGGGCUUGCCGAUCAGAAGGUCGGCGGUUUGAAUCCCCGUGACAGGGUGAGCUCCCGUUGCUCGGUCUCAGCUCCUGCCAACCUAGCAAUUCGAAAGCAUGCCAAAAAGUGUAAGUAGAUAAAUAGGUACUGCUCUGGCGGGAAGGUAAACGGUGUUUCCGUGCGCUGUUCUGGUUUCGGUGUUUUGUUGCGCCAGAAGCGGUUUAGUCAUGCUUGGCCACAUGACCUGGAAAAACUGGGGACAAAUGCCGGCUCCCUCGGCCUGUAAAGCGAGAUGAGUGCCGCAACCCCAGAGUCAUCUGUGACUGGACUUAAGUGUCAGGGAUCCUUUACCUUUACCUUUUUAUCUUCCACUAUAUAAUCCUAGGCCUAAUAAUUAUUGGCAUAAUGUAUAUUGAUAUUAUUAUUAAGAUUGCUGUCUGUGUUUUCUAGAGCAAAUACAAGUAUCAGCAAAGGUGUAAAUGAGAUGGAAAUGUUCACAAGCAUGGAGAUGGAGGGAGGGUCCGGAAGAGCUCAUGAAGACUGA